UUCGACCUGUUGUCAAUGCCCGAAGGAAUCGCUCUAUUUUUCCACCCUUCUUUUUCAUCUUCUGUUAACCCCCUUGCUACCAACAUCGAUGCUUUAAAUAAGAAAUCCGUCUCUGUAAGUGGAAAGGGGAAAACGUAUGAUGACUUCGAUAGUGUUGGUGAUGCUCUGAUUGUGUUUAGCAAGAUGAUUGGCCAGUACCCAAAGCCUUCAAUUGUGGAAUUCACUAAAUUAUUGGCUGCCAUUGUUAGAAUGAAACAUUAUGUCAUUGUCGUUUCUUUGUAUAGCCGUAUGGAAAUGCUAGGAUUUUCCCAUAAUGUUUAUUCAUUGAGCAUCUUGAUUAAUUGUUAUUGUCAAUUAGGUCGGGUUGAUUUUGGAUAUUCUGUUUUGGGAAAAAUGCUCAAGUCUGGUGUUGAACCUGAUAUUGUAAUUUUCUCCACUCUGAUUAAUGGACUUUGUAAGCAAAGUAAGAUUUCUCUGGCUGUGAGUCUGUUUGAUGAAAUGGUUGAAAAGGGGUAUCAACCUAAUUUAAUUGUUUACAGUACAAUUCUUAAUGUUUUGUGUAAGAUCGGCACUACUGAUAAAGCUGUUAGGUUGCUAAGGAUGAUGGAAGGACGAGGUUUCGAACCCAAUAUUGUAGCAUACAACACUGUCAUCGACUGUCUUUGUAAGCACGGGCUGUUAAAGGAGGCUCUCGAUCUCUUCUCUGAAUUGAAGGUUAAGCGCAUUAGACCAAACACUGUUACUUACAAUUGCCUAAUUCAUGGUAUGUGUAAUUUUGGCCAUCAGAAGGAGGCAACAAGGCUUUUGAACGAAAUGGUGGAUAACAACAUUUCCCUCGAUAUUUUCACGUAUAGUAUAUUGAUCGAUGCACUUUGCAAGGAAGGGAUGAUCUCUGAAGCUGAAGAUUUUAUUGACACAAUGAUAAAGCAAGGCAUUGAGCCUGAUGUUAUCACGUAUAAUGCAUUAAUAAAUGGUCAUUGCUUGCAAAACAAAGUAGAUAAAGCCAGAGGAGCUCUACAGCUGAUGAUUGAGAAGGGUUGUGCACCUGAUAUAGUUAGUUACAGCACGUUGAUCAAAGGAUAUUGCAAAGCUAAAAAGUUAGAUGAGGCAAUGGAACUCUUUCAUGAAAUAUCUCUAAAAGGACCAAUCCCGGAUAACGUCACAUACAGCACUCUUAUGCAAAGUAUGUUUCAGUUAGGGAGAGUUUCAACUGCAUGUGAAUUUUUGAGGAAGAUGCUUGCUUCUGGACAUGUUCCAGAUAUAGUGACCUGUUCGAUUUUGUUGGAUGGUUUAUGCAAAACAGGUAAACUCGAAGAGGCGUUGAAACUUUUUCACGCAAUGCGGAACAACAGAUUGGAACUUGAUAUUGUCUCUUAUAGUAUCCUGAUCGAUGGGUUGUGCAAAGCUGGGCGUAUUGAUGUGGCGAAGGAAUUAUUUCAGAAACUCUCAUUCAAUGGUUUAAAACCGACUGUUUACACAUAUACCAUAAUGAUUGAUGGACUGUCUAAAGAUGGAUUGCCAGACGAAGCAUACCAAUUGUUUAGGAGCAUGGGAGACAAUGACUGUUUGCCUAAUAGCUGCUGUUAUAAUGUAGUGAUUCGGAGGCUUCUUCGAAACAGUUAUACCUCGAAGGCAACAAAAGUUCUUGAAGAAAUGGUGGGUAAGGGCUUCUCUGCAGAUAUUUGCACUUCCACUUUAUUCCUGAAUCUAUCUUAG